AUGGAACAUGUAUCAACGCUGUGUGCGAUUAGCACCGUCGGCAUUGCUGCCACUGGCUUUGCUCUCGGUCGCGUCGAUCGUGCCCCCUCGCGCCUAGCGCAAUCCCCAGGAUCGACCAUUCCGUUUCGUGACCGUCGCGCACCUUCACCGGACACCCAUGUAGCGCCUUCACCCAAACACCCCGUUCCAAGAUUACCAACGUCAUUCCUGACAGCGGAGGCAGAGUCCCCAGCUAUCACCGGCUUCUCCGACAGUCGGGACAAUGGUACACUCUGUGCGGAUCCGACGGAGGUUGCAUAUUCUCGCCGGAAAACGUCAUUUCCGAAUGUGCGACUGCGCCGUCGAGGCCAGACUCUAACCGCACUACCUUUACGAAUCGAUGAAAACCCCCCGGCAUCUUCCCAUGGCCGACGACCAUCUUCCUCCUGGAUACGGCGUCUUUCCUUCCAGCCCGAUAAACGUUGCUCAGUUCAAACACCCGUCACGCCUUCAUUUCCUGAACCUGCUAGUCCAGCCUCUUCUCGGCCGUCCAGUCAACGCAAAGUACCGAAUAAACUUGUGAAGCGACCGAAAUCACAACAUUCGAACGCGAACUCUUUAUUUGCCCACGAUCCCUCCACUCCUCUAUCACCCACCGUAUUGCGCAGACCCGCGACGAGUUACCAGCGAUCUGGCGCUCUCAGACACAAGGCAACCCACAGUCUAAGUUUUGAGCCGAGUCUGGCAACUCAUUCCCCAGCAGAACCUUCCACGCCUGGAACCUCCCUCGACGGUACUUGGCGACCAUACAUAGCCCCUGUCCUUGAUGCACUGCCGGAGCGACCAGCUCGUCGAUUUUCGACGACAACAAGACCGAAGGAACAAACACUGCGGCGAAUCCUUCCGCACUUUGAUAUUGCUCCAGCGCUCCUUCUUGCUACUUCGAUCACGAGAAAGGAACCCGUUGCGGAAGCCACGCCAAAUGAACCUGCUACAAUCCCACCCGUUGAAUUUCGAGAUCCAUUCAAACCCGCUGACACGGCCCCUCCACAACAAUUGGAGACGGCCUCACCGGAGACGAGUUACGACUCACACGCUGAUGAACCAUGUCCAAAAUCUCCAAUCAACAGCGAAGCUCCAUUGGAUAUCAGGGUUUUUCGGAAUGGCUCCUUUGUUGGCCCUAAAAGACGAGCAGCUUCAACUCCGCUACCCGGAUUGACCAAUGUGGAAGGAGCUAUUUGGGUCUCACCUCGAGCAUCUGGAAGGCGUAACAUUACGGAUCCAAAUGUUUUCCGUCGACCGCCAGCCACCUUCCAGCCAGGGCUUCCAGGCGAAUUAACAUCAGCCGUCAUGGGAUCAAGGCGAAAGAUCGUCCCAUCCUAUUAUAGAGAGUACUCGACCGAACUAGGCCAGUUCCGAGACAGUUCAGCUCUGUCUUCAUUGCAAGGUUCGCUUCGUCGCCGUCCUAAGCGCCAUUCACUCGCAGCUUCGGAUCCGGCGUCAACUGUGAUAGGAUCCGAUGAUACUCGAAUUUUUACGUCUGGCGAUGAGGACGAAACGGACUUCUUAACUGACACCGCAUUCGACUCAAUCCGCACGCAUAUAACCAGCAGUAGCCAUUGUCUACAUUCUCCUCGAAUUGAAAAUAUCUUUGACCAUAACUUCCCCCCAGAUAUUACCGAUAAGCAACACACGGGACUAAGGGAUAUCUUUCCACCUAGCUCAUUCGCCCAUCAGUCACUUAACCCUGGCGAAGCUAACGCAGGAGCAUCUUCCAUCCCAGGUUUGGCUGUCGUAACUCGCAAUCUGGCUGAUGCCGAUGAAGGGGACAGCCACGUGUCAUUCCCCUCUGAUCUAAGUGAUGAUGAAGACUGCCAGAGCCUGGUUGCUUCAUUACCUGGCGAGAAGAGCAGUCGAGUUUCACUCCCGAGACUCCAAACAGUGUCUUUAAAAGGCCACAGUGGCGGGUAUACAGGACGCGAUGUGCUCAUUGCACCAGAGCGGCCCGAAGUCCCCCUCGACUUGAGGGAAUCGGUCGAGCACGAUUCAAACAGUAUUAUGAGCGAAGCCCGUGAUUCAUCCCCAAAGAUGAAUAUCUUUGACUGGUCUGAGCAAUCUAGAAAUGAUCGGGAGGGCUCCGGGCCGGAUGGUCGGCCAUCGACUGUUCAUGGGAAGCAUGGUGCGGGGAUGUUGCGUGGGAGCCGCACAACCGGACGAAAACCGCCAAGCACUAUGCACUAUCGUAGCCAGAGUGUCCCUGUUGCCAGGGAACCCAUAAAUUCCAACGAGGCCCGACCGACUUCAGGCAAAUUUGGAACUUGGGGCUUAGGUAGCAAGGGUGUUAGCGAGGACUGGGACAGUGACUUCGAAUUCGAAGAUAUGGACGAAAGUGGGAUAAGUGAAACCAUCAACUCGAACAAAAACACCAGCCGCCGCAGCAUGGUAGUCCCUGAGGCUAUCAUGGAGCGCCAGGCCAGUCUUCACGGCCAAUUUGGACAGGUUCAAGAGUUGACCUUGCUUGUUGAAGAGCUGAAGAGGCUUCGGCAUCAAGCAAGCUUUUUAAACAUUGUUCGUGGCCCAUCAAGCGAACUCUGGAAAGAGGCUGAAGGUAUCGUCGAUCUGGCCACCCUUGAUGAUGAUGAACACAACCACUCACCUCCCCGAUCCCCGUCCUCGCUCACAUUCAGCUUCGACGACUCGGAAGGCGAGUCUUCUAACAUGAAUGACCCUUGGAAACGAGUCAGUGGAGAUUCAUGGAGGGCUUCACUCUCAGAACACUCUUCAAGCACUCGUCCAACAACAUCUCCUGGUCCAGAUCCUAAGGGGCUUUCAUCCAAAGCAAACUCUGUUCUGGAUAUGAUCUAUCAUCAACGCCUUUCUCAUGACCCCACUUUUAUUGAUUCCCACCUUCCACGCUCCAAGAAACUCCCAUUUGAUACGCAAUCUCUCCGUGAUCUCGUUGUUCGUGCUGGUGUUGUCACACGUGCGCUCAAAGAAGUGAUCCGCAAAGCAGAAAGUGUGACAAAUGGCUCCGACGAGAACACGCAUCACCCACACCCACACCCUCCGUUUAGUCGAAUAUUCGAGCAACCUUCUCGUGAUGACCUUGCCUCCAAAUUCGAGACUUCCUGCAUCGGUCGAGACGUCUAA